UGUGCCCGGUCAUAUGACGUGAGCACGGCGAAGAGGAAACACGCCUCUCCGGGACAAAAAGCCGCAUUUUUAACCGCAAAAGUCCGAACGAAAUGAGCGACGUGACGGAGCAAAGUUAGUGCACGCGAGCUUGGACCCGACGGUUACGUCCUCUCGCCACAACCGAACCGAAACUACUCACGAAAAGUACAGAUCCUCUUUUUACUGUAGAAUACUAUCACUAAGUAUUGUGCAGUUUUGCCAAUAUUAAAUAAUGUGUUGUAACAGUACUAGAGUUUGUGGAGGAUUCUCACCGCUUUCUGCACCGCGUCUGCUGACAUUUAACCAGGAUUAAUUGACCUAAAUGCCCAUUACAAAGUAGUUUUUUUUAUCUUUAAAACAAAAACUAACUUGACAAUGGCUGACAAGGACAAAGAAGAGCUGGAGGAAAAGUUAAGAAAGCUUUUGGUGCGGUUAAAAACUCCCAAAGAUGAAGAUCAGAUGCCCACGUUAAUUCAAAUCAUCCAGGACCUCAACUUUCUGGCGCACACGGAGCACGCAGAGGAGCUGUUUGCAGAAGCAGACGUCCACACUCCUCUGAUGAUCGUGGUGUCCUCCAACAUCAACAGUAAAGCAGUGCAGCAGUUGGGGUGGUCACUGUUGUCUCGUCUGAUUGAAAUCUGCCCCACAACUCUGUCUGCGCUCACGGCUCCUCUUCAAGCUGCAAAGGACUGGGAGGUGCUGGGGGUGCAUCAGCACAUUUUAAAGAUCCUGUCUCAGUACUCCGCAGAUGCCAAAGUGAACAUGGUUGUACUGAGGGCGCUGGCUCUUCUGCUCAGAUCAGAGGUUAUGCGUGUGCUGGUCCUGGACGAGGAGGAGGACGUGUUUGACCUUGUGGUGACCUCUAUGAAGUUGUUUAAAGAGAGUGAGGAGGUGCAAGUGCAGGGCUGCUCUGCUCUGGCCUCGCUGCUGGACACAGACAGAGAGGACGUGUUGCUGGAGUUUGUGGAGAGACAGGAUCACGUCUCUGUCCUCUCGUCUCUGCAAAGGUUUAACGACAGUCCAGAUCUGCUGCUGCACGGCCUCAGAGUGCUCCUCCUACUGGCACAGCUCAGCAGUAACGUGGAGAUUCUGAUGUCCGGCGGCGUCCGGUGUUACCGUCUGGUCACCGUUGCCAUGGAUACGUUUCCUGAAGUGGAGGACAUUCAAGAAGUGGGCUGCUGCCUCCUCAACAAGUUCACCUCAGAGACUUACUACAGUAUCCUGGUGGUUCAUGGGGUGCAGAGAGCGGUGGUUCGAGCCUGUGAGACAUUCCCAGAUAACGCAGUUCUUCAGACGGCCGCGCUCACCUGUCUCGCCAGCCUCACGGCGACAAUUGUGCAGAACCAGGCCGCAGCAGCUCAGGGUCUGGAGGAGGGGGAGGAGGAGGAGCAGCGCUGCCCACAGGAAGUGCUCUAUCUGGGGCUGAGCUGGAUGGAGGUGUGCUGCUCCGCUCUGGAGCUCCAUGCGGCCGAGCCCUCUGUGCAGGAAGCUGCAAGCUGGGCCAUUCACAGCCUGUUACUGCACGGAGCGGGAUUGAACCAGUCUGAGGAGGAGCAGGGACACAGGACUCCAGUUCACAGGCAGCUGAUGGCAGCCAUGUUGCUUCACUCCUCAUCGACCAAAGUGUUUCAAGCAGCAACAAGCGCAAUCACAGCUCUGCUCAUGCACAAGAGUAAAAUGCGCCCGCUGCUGCUCUCUAGUGGACUCCAUGUGAACUUAGUGGAGAUGAUGAAGAAACAUGUGACCUCAAUUGAAGUGUCUGUCAGCGCCUGUCAACUGCUCAGUCUGCUGUUCCACGGACGGGGUGCUGGGCUGGAUGAGCUGAACAUGGCGAUGGGGCAGAUUCUGUCUGUGAUGAAAACUCACAACUUUGAACCUGACGUUCAACUGGAGGCUCUGAAGGCCAGUUUGGUGCUCCUCUGUCCAGACCGCAGUUUGAGAGAGAGCAGUGGUUCUGUGUCUGACCCGGACAUGGCCGACGUGUCUCUGAAGGUGCUGAAGACUCAGUCUGUAGUGGAGGGGGCUCAUACCCUGUACCUGGAGGCACUCAACAGGUUCAUCAGCAAUCCAUUGAUACAGAGAGUGGGGUUAAAGGUGCUCUGUGCUCUGGCUGACUGCUCUGGUGCAGUGGACCUCCUCUGCCAGCAGGGGGCGAUAGACACGGUCCUGCACACACUCCAGAUGUUUCCACUGGACAGAGAGAUUCACCUCUGGGGUCUGACUCUGCUUCAGCAUCUCGUCAUAAAGAAGAAACUGUCUCGGAUGAUUUUACCUGUUUUGGCAUCAGUGGUGGUAGCGUCUCUGGGCCAGUACAGAGACGACCGGGAGAUCGAGCACAAGUGUUUCCAGGUGUCUGUGCGGAUGAUGGAGGCUUGUUCUGGAGGUGCGGCUCAGCUUCAGAAACACGACUUUGAUCGAGAGGUUUUCCACCAGCUCAGAGAGGAGGCGCCAGAGAGCAGCAGCAGCCCACUGCGUCGGACCGCGUGCCUGGCUCUGUCUAAACUGUGGGCUGACUCCGAGCUGCACUCCUCCAUGUUGGAAAAGGCCUGUGAAGAAGGAGACACAACGAUGGCCGAGUGUUUGAUUGAGCUGGGAGCAGAUGUCAAUGCCAAGACCAAAACAGAACCACUGAUAUACCAGGUCUGUGACCGUGGAGGCCCUCUGGAUCUCCUGGAGCUGCUGGUGAGUCGAGGGGCCCAGGAGCAGCACUUGCGUCGGGCUUUGGGGGUGAGCGUGAGGAGAGGGGACGGAGCGGCGGUGGUGCAGCUAUUGAGCAGGCUCGGGCUGGACGUUCACAGCGCCUCCUUGUGUUUGGGGGGAUUCAGACUUGGGCGGCUGGACGCAGCCUGGCUAAGCGCACUAUUGGCCGAGAGAGGGCGCAGUCACAGCUUCAGCUCACGAUUCAACAGUAAAGGAGUUAUCCUAGCACGCAACGUUCUGUCUCUGCAGCGUCUGAAGAGUGUCUCUGGGCCUGUGCGCUCCCACACUGACCCCUGUCUGACCUCCGGGUACAUCUCCGACGAGAGCGACGACUCCUGUUUCAGCUUCAUAUCUAUGGACGAAGGACUGGUGCUCUGUGAUGAUCUGGAGAGUGAUGGCAGUGACUCUUUGGCUGGACCUUUGUCCCCUAAAGCUCAGAGCGACUCUUCAGAGGAGGUGAGGAGCAGGAAGCAGAGCCGCCGCAGACACGCAAGUGCAGAGAGCGGAGCCAUAGAGACAGAUCACCCUGAACCUUUACAGAAGAAAUACGGCCGCACUGGAUCUUUGCAGAAAUUGCUGCUUGAGUCAUCGUCCCCCAGAAACCGAGACAGGAUCCAGCUCCUAGACCUGUCCGGGAAUGAGCUGGACUCUCUGAGCUGUUUAAUGGAUGACGACUCGGUUCAACAACAACUGGAACAUCUGCAGAGACUGGACCUGAGUCACAACAGUCUGCUGGAGUUCCCCUCACAACUCUGCCAGAGCCUCAGGAGCCUAACUCGUCUGGACCUUCAGGGAAAUCAGCUGGACUGUUUCCCUGUGGACCUGCUCACCCUGCCCUCAUUGAGCAUGCUCAAUGUGUCCCGGAACUGUGUCCACACCCUCUCUCUGCACCUCAGCCAAUCAGCUGUCUGUCCCUCUCUCAGACACCUGAACCUGUCCUUUAAUAAACUGCAGGAGUUUCCUCUAAACAUUGGAGAGGCCAUGGGCAACUUGGAGGAGCUGCUCUUAGAGGGGAACAGUGUCGUCUCUCUCUCCACUCCUCUCUCUUUACUUGAGCUCAAACUCCUGGACAUCAGUAAAAACAAUGUGGAGGAAAUGUCCAAAGACUUUCUGAGAGACUGCCUCAAACUGGAGGUGUUCAGCGCCUCCACCAACAAACUGACUGAUCUCCUUCUCCUGCCUCUGAAAUUGACCACUCUGAAAUUAGCAAACAACAACUUCAGCCAUGUCCCUGAUGCCAUCCUCCAACUGCCAAACUUGCGUUCAGUGGACUUGCGUAACAACAUUAUCUCCUCACUCCCUCCUCCUUCUCGCUGGUCGUCCUUAAACCUCCGUGAGCUCAUGUUCAGUAAAAACUGCAUCGACUCUCUUGACCUGAGCUCAGACGUGUUUAGAUGGUGCCGACUCGAAAAACUGCACCUGAGCGACAACAAACUCACACAGUUGCCAGCGGAGAUCGGGCUCCUGGAGGGCCUCACCUCUCUGGAUGUGAGUAGGAACCUUGAACUGCGCUCGUUUCCGGAUGAGAUGGGUAAACUGGUGCGCCUGUGGGACCUUCCUCUGGACGGACUCAAACUGCAGCUCGACCUGAAGCUCAUCGGCUCCAAGACCAAAGACAUCAUCAGGUUCCUGCAGCAGAGGCUGAAGAAGGCCAUGCCGUACUACAGGAUGAAGCUCAUUGUUGUGGGAAACUCAGGCUCCGGUAAAACCAGUCUGAUCCAACAGCUCACCAAGGCCAAAAGGUCACAGGUCACAGCCAAACGGAACACUAGCAUCGACGUCUGUGAUUGGACCAUUCGUGAACGAGACAGGAAGAAGAUGAUAUUCAGCGUCUGGGACUUCUCAGGUGGAGAGGAGCUAAGUGGAGCCCUCCCUCACCUCAUGAGCUCCAGAGCUUUGUACCUGGUGGUGUACGACCUUAGCAAAGGCGUCACUCAGGUGGACGCACUCAAGCCCUGGCUCUUCAACAUCAAGGCAGUGGCCCCUCUGUCCCCUGUGGUCCUGGUCGGGACUCACUUGGACCUGAGCUCUGAAGACCAGGUCCAGUCCAGUCUGGUUACAAUCCGAGAGGAGCUCCUGCACCACCAGGCCUUCCCCUCCAUCAGAGACUACCACAUGGUCUGUGCGUGCGAGGACUCGGAUGCUCUGAGCCGACUGAGGAAAGCCAUUGUCCGAGAGGCCACCAACUUCAAGAUGCAGGGCCAACCGGUGUUGGGGCAGUUGGUCCCAGACUCUUAUGUGGAGCUGGAGAGGAGGAUUUUUCAGGAGAGGAGCAGAGUCUGUCCUGAUUUUCCGAUCCUGAGACGCAGAGACCUGGUCCAGUUCAUCCAAGAGGCUCAACUUCAGCUGGAGGAGAGCGAACUGCCACACGCCAUCCACUUCCUCUCAGAAUCAGGAGUUCUGCUACACUUUGAUGACCCUGCUCUCCAGCUCCAGGACCUGUAUGUCAUCCAGCCCCAGUGGAUCUGUAACAUCAUCUCUCAGAAGCUGUCUGUGAAGAGCUCUGGGUCCCGGGAGCAUCCUAAAGGUGUGCUGCAGCGCCACACAGUGGAGAAGCUUCUAUCUGACACCAAAUGUUUCCCAGAGUCUCACAGCGCACAGCUCUUCAAACUCCUCGAGAAGUUUCACAUCGCUCUGCCCUUUGGAGAUGACCAGCUCCUAGUGCCCAGCAGUCUAUCGAAGCAUCGUCCCGUGAUAGACCUGCCUCACAGUGAGAACUCUGAGGUCAUAGUUCGUUUGUACGAGAUGCCUUAUUUUCCGAUGGAUUUCUGGUCCAGACUGAUUACCCGCCUCCUUGAAGUCUCCUCUCUGCUGCUCAAUGGACGAGAAAAAAGCUCUCGUCCAAACCGGAUCUAUUGGAGGAGAGGAGUGUAUCUGUGCUGGUCUCCUGAAGCCUACUGUUUAGUGGAGGCAGCAUCUCUGGACCAAAGCUCCUCUAGCUACGUCAGGAUAACUGUUCCCUCCUCACACAAAGGCCGUGUGCUUCUGGGGCAGGUCGUUGAUCACAUAGACUCUCUGUUGGAGGAGUGGUUUCCAGGGUUAUUAAACACAGACAUGCACGGCAGUGGAGAGGCGCUGGUGAAGAAGUGGGCUCUGUACAGCUACGAGGACAACCAGGAGUUUAAGAGGGUCCUCCUGGAAGAUCUGUUCAAGUACUUCGACAAUGAUUUCUUGAUGGUGAACCCGGAAGACCCACGAUGCACUCUCCCUCUCUCUCAAAUUGCUCCUGACCUAGUUCUGAGUGACCAAUCAGCAGCCACAAUUUUGGACAGUGAGGAGCUGGAGGUGGAUAUGUCUGUGGAGAAUCGUUUGGGUGAUGGGGGCUUUGGUACAGUUUACAGAGGGAUGUACAGGAAUGAAGAAGUUGCAGUGAAGAUUUUUAACAAACACGCGUCUGAGCUGUACGUCUACAGACUCCUCCGUCAGGAGUUGGCGGUGCUCGGGCGGCUGCGACACCCCAGUUUGGUGGGUCUGUUGGGGGCCAGCUGCUGCCCUCAAGUGCUGGUGAUGGAGCUGGCUCUGCGCGGGUCUUUGGACGCUCUGUUGGAGCACGAGUCUUGUCUGAGCCGCAAACUGCAACACCGUAUUGGCCUGCAGGUGGCAGACGGACUCAGGUACCUCCACUCAUCCAUGAUCAUCUACAGGGACCUGAAGCCUCAUAACAUUCUCCUGUUUAACCUGAGGACAGAUUCUGAAAUCAUCGCCAAGAUCACAGACUACGGCAUCGCACAGUACUGCUGCAGCAUGGGAGUACGCAGCGGUGAGGGGACGCCAGGUUUCCGCGCUCCUGAGAUGGCUCGUGGAGGACUGACCUAUGACUUCAAAGCAGACGUCUUCUCUUUCGGGCUGCUCAUGUUCGACCUGUUCACCUGUGGAGAGAGGAUCAUUGAAGGAGUUAAGUUCCCCAGCGAGUUCGACGAAGCAGCUGUGCGCGGGAAACUACCAGACCCGGUGAGGCACUACGGUCUGAGUCCUUGGCCCCGGUUCCAGGAUCUGAUGAAGGACUGUCUCAGAGAAAACCCCAAAGACCGACCCUCCUCUGCUCAGAUUUUUGAUCGUUUGAACUGUGGAGACAUGCUGUGUCUGCUCAACAAGCUGGUGCUGCCUUUAAAUGCGGAGUGCCUCAUUCUCAGCUCUGGUCCUGGUCCGGUCUCUGGUCCUGAUUCUAGUCCAAUCUCUGGUUCUGGUUCUAGUUUGGUCUCUAGUCCUAGUCCUGGCUCUGGUCCUGGUUGUGGUCCUGGUUCUGGUCCAGUCUCUGCUCUAGGUGGUGGUUCUGCUCCAGUGGUGUGGCUCGGAGGGGGGAGCAGCUCCAAACGACUGGGAAACCUCAGUGCAGUGAAUCUGGAAACUGUCAGUGUCCAAACUCGGGUGGUAGACUCAAGUCCAGUGUUGUGCCUGGUUCUGGUCCCGAGCCCACAGGAGGCGAGCUGUGAUUGGCUGGUGGGUGGUACUCAGUCCGGGUCCCUGUUUGUUCAGAACACUCAGGACUGGACCCAGAGGCACCAUCUACAGAGAGUGUCUGACGCCGUCACCUCAAUGUACUUCCACCUGCAACCCAAACGAACGCAGAGGAGGAGCUAUUUGCUGGUGGGGACAGCAGAUGGCGCUCUCACUGUUUAUGAAGACUCAGUUCUCCUGGAGGAGAAUGGUGAGCCGGUGAAAACCUUGUGCUUGGGCACUAUAAACACUCCAGUGCUGGGACUGGGACAGUGCAGUCUCUGUAUGAACAGCCGGGGGGCACUGUGGGGCGCCUGUGGCUCCAGGAUCCUCUCGUUUACAGCAGAAUAUGACGUGUGUAAAAGUAUCGAUACCAGACCCAGCCCCACACUACAGUCUCGUGCGUUGAGCUCUGAGGCCUCUAUCUCGCGGUUGGCGUUGGACAAACUGGUUUAUGUGAGUAAAGUUGGAGCAUGCUCAGUAGAGGUUUGGGACAGACGCUCCGAGAGGAUGGUGGACUGCAUCGACUGUGCUCAAGUCAUCAGACAGAGCAGCUCUCAGGGGAGGCCCUCACACAAGCCCUUGGACAGCGCCCCCUCCUGGGCUCAGGUGAAGUCUCUCCUGGUCCAGUCUGGGGUCUGUUUGUGGGUCGGGACCAGAGGAGGUCACGUGAUCCUGGUGGAGCUCAGCAAGAACCAGGCUCUUCAGGUUCUGGGGCCACACUGUCAGUCUGUGCGCUGCAUCGUCCCCUUCAGCAGCGAUUUACCAAACUGGAAAAAUGUGGUGCUCGUUUUGGGUCGAAAAUUUCCUCAGGACAAGACUCAGUUUGAGGAGGAGUCGGUGCUGUCUUUGUGGAGCAGCGCUUUGGCCAAAGAAGUGAGAGAUCUGAGCCGCGUUUGUGAGAAGAGAGACAAGAUGGCUGCCCGCAUGAGGGAGCAGCUUCUGCACUGAAAUAUACAGAAUGUACUUCAAAAGGGAUCAGCUCAAAAUGGAUGGACACACAUUCAGAAAGUUACCUCAGAUUCUCAAGUAAAAAUGAAAGAUUUAGCAGCAGAUAUAGACUUUUUUUUUUUUUUUAGUUUACAAACGUUUAAAAAGGGACACAAACAAAACCUGUCUCUAGAUCCUCUGACACUGGAAUCAAACCCUCUCAUUUUGUAUUUUUUAAAUGAUUUUUAUUUUUUUGUGAAUUUUUAUGUGAAGCUUGAGCACUCCAGUUUUUA